AUGGCGACCGUGUCGUCCCUUCGCGUGUACCCGGUGAAGGGGUGCAAGGGCAUCGAACUGGACACCGCAGUGAUGACGCCCACGGGCCUGGCAUUCGACAGGCACUGGGUGGUGGUCAAAGAAGGCACCAUGAAGUUCCUGACCCAGAGGCAGAUCCCACAGAUGUGUCUGAUCGAGGUGUCGCUGCCGAUUGAAGCUCUCCAUGGUCAAUGGGGUCAGCUGGACCCUGGAGCGGCCCUUGUUCUUAACGCCCCACACAUGCAACCAGUGCAGGUGCCCCUUGCCAAGACUGCUGACGACUCUUUGCUCAGGGAAUGCACCGUGUGGGAAUGGAGUGGCCUUGCCCAAGAUGAGGGGGAUGAAGUAGCACAGUGGCUGUCAGAGUUCAUGGGCACUGCUGUGAGGCUCAUGAGGUACAGAGGCAAACCCACGGGCUUGAGGCACGAGGCCGGAGAGGCGCAAGCAGACCCAUGCCGCAGACCAACAGACCCAGAGUGGGGUUCUGGAGUCGAGUUUGCAUUCGCAGAUCGCUACCAUGUGUUGCUUGCCACUGAGGCAGAUCUUGAGGAUCUCAACUGCCACUUGGCCACACCCCUCCCAAUGAACCGGUUCCGGCCCAACAUCAUCCUCAAAGACACGGAACCAUGGGCCGCAGACAACUGGGCAAAGGUCAAGAUUCGUCCUCAAGAUGAAGCCACAGGCGGAAUCGACUUCCUUGUGACGACGCCAUGCUCGCGCUGCAAGGUGACGACCGUGAAUCAAGCCACUGGAGAGGUGGGGCUGGAGCCACUGGCUACACUGGCAAACGUGCGCUCUGGUCGUGUUUUGGGUUGGGAUGUGGGUCGCAAGGACUGGCGCCAUAAAGUUUUUUUCGGUUGGAAUGCCGUCGCCCAGCAGGAGGGCCGCCUGAGGGUGGGAGACCUUGCCAUGGCGUCCGUUCGGGAGAGGCCAGGAGAUGUUGCAGGGGUCUGA